CCAGCGGCGGCCGGGGGCUCUCUGGGGCUCUCGCCUGUGACGUCAUCAACAGACUGGGACUUCUCCGGCUCCAGUGUCUCUUGGUCAAUAUUUACCGUAAUUUCCAGUGUUUUCCAAGUAUUUCCAGCUGUUUAUAAACUCAGAAUAACUGUAAAAUCAUCUCCUGGGAUUCAUCUGUGGUCUUAACGCAUGUCAUGGCAGCAUCCAUAAAUUAAAGGCAAGAAUGCGAAUAUUGUAUUUGCCUUUAAUAAUAAUAAAAAAAAGCUGAAAAUAGAGGAACAAAAUUAAAAAGCAAGAUUAAAAAGCAUAAGAAUAAAAUAAAUAAAAAAUAACAAGAAGCAUAACAAGAAUAAAAGAAUAAGUAAGAAAAACAAGAACAAAAACAACAAGAUCAGGAUCAAGACACCCGCCAAACACCACACAGUCAUCCUCGCCGCUUGCUGCUGUACCUCACAGCAUCAUCACACGUAUUAUUGCUCUCCCUUCACUCCCACCUCUCCCGGCGCCAUGAACAGCAAGGUGGAGGCGUAUCUCACCGCCAAGAAGGAGAACUCGUCUGCUGAGCUCUCUAAAAUAUUCGGAGAGAUGGAAGAACUGUAUAAUAAAAAACUGUGGCAUCAGCUGACCUUGGCACUGCUGGGGCUGGUGAAGGAGCCAGCAAUGAGACAAGGCACUGAGCUCAUUAGUUUGUACACUAAUCUCAUCGCUGAGCUGGAGAACAAAGUGAACCCCCUGUCGCUGGCCCAGAUUGCGGGGGAGGUGAUAACACAACACGCUGACCCCAACGAGGCCGUGACCUUUGUGGAGAGAAUAAUCCCCAAAGUGAGGGACCACCAGGAGGCGCGGGUGCUGUCUAAUGUGUUGAUCGCGCAGGUGACCCUGAGUCGUCUUGAGGACCAGGCCAGGACCAAGAAGAUUCUGGAUGAGACAGAGAAAUUGCUGGAUGAGAUAGAUGGCGUCACACCCGUGCAUGGAAAGUUCUAUCUCCUGGCAUCCGAGCUCCACUGUCGCACUGGGGCCCACGCUGAAUACUACCGGGCAGCCCUUCGCUAUCUGGGCUGCAUUGACCUCCAGGACCUUGACGAGGAGCAGAGGGUCAAGCAGGCAUUCUACCUUGGUCUGGCUGCACUGUUAGGAGAGGGGAUCUACAACUUCGGAGAGCUGCUGGCCCACCCUAUCCUGGAGGCACUGAAGGGGUCAUCCUCCGAGUGGCUGCGAGACCUCCUGCUGGCUUUCAACGAGGGGAACAUCAAUAAGUUCGAAACGAUGAAGCCGCAGUGGAGCACCCAGCCUGACUUAUUGGCCAAGGAGAACCAGCUUAGAGAGAAAAUUAGGCUGUUGUGUUUAAUGGAGAUGACCUUCCAGCGCAAAGCAUGGGACCGCCAGCUAACUUUUGGGGAGAUCGCAAGAGAAACCGGUUUGCCAGCCAGCCAGGUGGAGGGUGAUGGUGAUGAGGGCCCUGUCACUCGGGCUGGUGAAGGGGACCAUUGAUCAGGUAGAUGGGAAGGUUAACAUCACCUGGGUGCAGCCGCGGGUGUUGGAUAAAAAGCAGCUGGCUUCAAUGAUGGACAGACUCAGUGAAUGGUGCAGAGAUGUCAGUAGUAUGCAAAACCUUCUUCAAGAUCAAGCUUCCUCCAUCUUGACCCUGUAAUGGUGGUAGUAGUAGUAGUAGUAGUAGUAGUAGUAGUAGUAGUAGUAGUAGUUGUCUUAAUCUUUUUUUUUUCUUUCUUCUAAGUCAAUUUUAACCUUUUAUUUUCUGUUAUCUUCCUAGUAGUAGUGGUAGUAGUAGUAGUAGUAGUAGUAGUAGUAGUUGUAGGAGAAGAAAGAAGAUGGAAGAGGAGGAGGAAGAGAAGAUGGAAAGGAAAUAAUUGUUUUUUUGGGGGUUUAUCUCUGUUUUUUCUAUUUAUUCUCUUUUAUUCUUCAUUCUCUUUUAUUCUUCAUUCUCUAUUCUUAUUGUCUUCUUGUUUUCUAUUUAUCUUUCACAUUUUCACUUUAUCUCUUCCUUUUUAUUCGUUCAUCUUCGUAAUUUCUCUCUCUCUCUCUCUCUCUCUCUCUCUCUCUCUCUCUCUCUCUCUCUCUCUCUCUCUCUCUCUCUCUCUCUCUCUCUCUCUCUCUCCUCUCUCUCGUCUCUCUCAUAACGUAUUUGGAUAUUUUUCAUGUUAAUAAAACUCAAAUA